AGUAGGGGGAACAAUGUACAUCACCAUCGACAAAAUGUGUUUAUAACGCGUCCGCCCUUCACCAACAUAUUCAUUCUCAGAAGUUUCCUCUCGUAGUGCGGUUCGUUAGUUCGGUAAACGUGUGCAAUUAUCCUUUAAAUCAUUCUAGCCUAGGUAACACUCCCAAGUGUAAUUCUUCUAGAAAUUUUCUUUUUAAACAUUUUCCACGAGUAUUCUACACCGCAUCCUCGAAACAAUGACGAAAGUCGGAAUAACGAGAAAAGUUUGAAGCUUUUGCUGAAUGAAUUAACCGGAAACUCUCCAUUCUUACCCACUUCACUGCCACACUUUCUUUCUGCGAAACAACAAACAAGGAUAUGAUCUACUCGUCUAUGCAAAUUGCAGGCAAAUUAUCAUUCUUCCAGUAACAUUAAAUGCGUGCGAAAAAAACUGAAAAUUGUCCCUUUGUGAUUCCCGAAUAAAGUUUUUAUUGUUUUAAUUGUUAUAUCCUUUGGAGAAUGCAAUAUAUUACCGUCAUUUUCGUAUACAAGUGUGUGCAAAAAGCUUGCCAUCAUACAGUGUGAAAGCAGCAAGAGAAAGAGAGAAAGUGCAAUUUCACCAAUUAGAAAGGAAAAUGUUUUUGUGUGGAGCAUUCAACAAGGUGUUGUUUUCGUGGCCGCUUUGUUAUUAGCAGUUUAUCUUUUGAACCUUUGCUUCCCCCUGCACCCACCCACUCAGCUGUACAUAUAUCUCUCAUACGCUCACGAACGAAACGUCUACCCCCUCAAAUAACUAGCGUACAUUCGUUGAGCAUAGAGCGAAGGAAAGGAGCCGUUCAUACAUUUUUUCUAUUCUCGAGAAGAAACGAGGAGCAAACAGGAUAACGAUGAUAGCACGUUGUUUUCCAAUGUUCCGAAGCUUCACUUUGGAAGCAGUGAUCCUCACAAUGUUUCAAAGAACUCAGCAAUUAAAAAAAAUCAUCAGCAAUUAGGCUCGACGACCAAAAACAAAAAAUUCACUAAUCUUCGAUAAUGAGAAAGCGCAGGAAGAAAUAUAUCGUCAUCGUUUAAUAAGUAGCGUUUUCCAAGUUUUUUUGAAGAUUAUAUACACAUACAUACGUACAGGCAAUUUACAAGUAGUAGAUGAGAAAAAGUGUAUGUAACAAAGCAAGCAGCACAGUCAGAGAAACCGAACAAAGCCAUAAAAUGCUUAAAAUAUUAUGUUCAAUUCGACGCCCUAGCAUUUAUCUUAAAUAUUUUGGUGCUAUAUCAUUAGUUAUUUUCUAUUUUACAUUUCUAUUCCGAGAGUCAUUACAUGCAUACGAAAUAAAUAAGGGUGGGAGCAAUUUGUAUAAAGAGGAGAAUCGGCCCAAAUCUAUACCAAAAAGAUCUCGUCUAGCCUUGGGAAGAAGAUACCCUGAAGUUAACAACAAUCCAAGAGUUAUAACCACCCGUACAUUGACCACGGUGAAUCCAAUUUAUGAAUAUUCAGAAGAAUUGCACAGCGCCAUUGAAAAUGAAUUAUUAGCACGUAAAUCACAUCUAUGGGAUGUUUGUAUUAGAGAGAAUAUUAUUGGAAUUUACCCACCGAAUGCAUGGGAAUUUUUCCUGUCGCCGGGGCACAAUUUAGUAUGGUGCAAUGUAUUCAAAGCGGCAAGCAGUACCUGGAUGUAUUAUUUUAAUAUUUUAGGCGGUUAUGAUAUUAAAUAUUUACAAAGAACUAAAACAUCACCACUAGAAUUAGCCCGUAAACGUUUUCCGAGGCCAAAGUCAUCAGAAUUAAUUGAUUCACUUUAUAAUUCUGUAUCAUUUUUAAUUGUACGUGAACCUUUUGAAAGACUACUAUCGGCAUACAGGGAUAAAUUGGAAGGAUGCCGCAAUAAAUAUUAUAAAGUAUUAGGCAAACAAAUAGUUAGGCAAUUUCGUAACGAUAGCGAAUUAAAACGACACAAUACCGGACCAACAUUUAAAGAAUUUCUUCUAUUUUUAAUACAAAGCUACAAAACAAGUAAACCAUUCGAUGAGCAUUGGACACCCGUUUAUAAAUUUUGUACACCAUGCAGUAUUAAUUAUACGCUAAUUGCUAAAGUUGAAACAUUACAACGUGAUACAGAUUACAUAAUACGACAAGCGGGAUUGGAGGCACUACUGUUGGGCAAAUUGCCAAAGAGUCGUAUGAGAAAGAUAUCGAACCGGGCGGCACAUAAUACAAGAGGGUUGAUAGAAAAAUAUUUCUCUCAAGUCGAUCGCAAAACUUUGGAUGAAAUCAUAAACAUCUAUCGUCUGGAUUUUGAAUUGUUCAAUUAUAACUUAACUAAAUAUUAUGAUAUCGUUCAACCAAUACCGACAACAACGCCUGCAGUAAGAACAACCAGUAGUACAACCCCGUAUUCAAGUUCAAGUAGUAGCUCAAUAGCAUCUAGUACACGAGAUGUUUCGUAAACUAUGAUUGAAAUAUUUAACAAUUACAACAAUGAUAUAAAACAGGUAAAAAUAUCAAACAAUAUUUGAAGGCGGUCUAGAUUACUCAAGGAAUUAUCUUGGAUGAAAACAUGAUCGAAUUGAGCUUUUUCAAUAAAGUAUUUAAAGCAAAUUAACCAUGUAAUAGAAAUAUAUGAUAUAAGGCCCUCAUUUGCAGACAAAACAGAAAUGUGCUAAUUUAAGAACAUUUAAACUAAUUCGUUGUUGGAGAGUAAAGAAAUCCAUAAAUAAUUCUUGCCCUCUGUCUACAUUUACAUUUAGCAUUAUGCUUAUAAGUUCAUUCUCAUUUCACUGCGAACUUCAGACUUGCACGAAAUAACAUGCUCUUAUUAUUACUGGACAUGUCGCAAAUAAUAUAAUCCAACGAGAAAUGCUCAAUUUUCAAGUCAGCAUGUUUUGCUUAGAAGUGCCAAAAAAAUUCACGAAUUCUGAUAAAUUUUUAAAAUUAGAUUUCAAGUCAGUUUAAAUUCUGAACCAAUCUUCCAAAAAAGUUUUUAUAAUUUAAGAAACAACAUUCCAUUUCUCACAAAAAUAAUUUGUUCUCAUUUUUAAAACAACUGCACAAAUAUCUUCGUCUUCACUUAGUUCAUAGAGAACAACUCGAAUGUGUUUCCGCCGUGAACAUCAAUAUUCAAAUGUGGUUCAUUAUCGUAAACAACUACAUAGUUAAUUAUCGAGAAUUAUAAAUAAUAUAUAAUAAAUAAUCACACAUUUAUCAUAUAAAAUAUUAUAAUUGUAUAAAUCAUUUUUCGUUACUAUGUUCAAACCAAAUAUUGCACACAGUUCAUGUCUAGUGAAUUUACAGGAUACUUUUAAUAUAUUUACUGUUCGUUGUGUAACAAGAAAUGUGAUCUUAAUAAAAAAUAAAAAACCAAAACUUCUAUAACUUAAGAUUAACAUUAACAUGGCGAGUAAAAAAGCAACAAAAAAUAGCCUUUUUGAUAAAGUAUUCAAAAGAAAAAAUGUGUACCUAUAUAUAUCUUUAUAUAAAUAUUUUAUUGUAAGAAAAAUGAAUGUAUCUAUGUAUGCGUAAACAAUUAUACUUUCCAUAAAUAUUUACAUGUUUAUUGAGGAAAAAGUGAAACAAAAUUUGAUAUAAAAAAUAAACUAAAAGGAACAAUUAACAAUUUGAAUUGAAACUAUAAAUUGUCAUGUGAUUAAUUUUUGGCAUGAAUAUUUCAGGACAAUCUGUUUUUUAAAAACAUGGUACUAUUAGUUAAAAUUGUAUGAAGAGUAAAAUAAAAUUGAAAAAGCAGUUGUUUCAACAAACAACAAAUAUAAAUUUCGAUGCAAUAUUUUAUGCACUUUUCAAAGGAAAGGGAAAAUAAUUACUUUUAUCAGACUCUAUAAAAAAUAUUAACUUAAAUAAAUAUUACAUUUAAUAUUC